GAAACUGUUGAGUGUGGAAAAACCCAGCAGCUUUGUAGUUCUUUCCCAUUCAUCCUCUGAAUGGCACAUACACAAUCCAUAUCUCUAGGCUUAAAAAUCCUUUGUUAACCGGUCUUCUCCCCUGCAUCUACACGGAUUUGAAGUGGAUUUAACAGGUGACAGCAAUAAGGGAUCAUAGCUUUCACCUGGUCAAUGUCAUGGAAAGAGCAGGUGUUCUUAAUGUUUUGUACCCUCAGUGUAUAUUGUGAACAUUUGUUGGUGUUGUAUUUAGGUAACAGUAUAGACAUUUAUGCUAAUUUAAUGUAUGUUGUUGAAGAGCAAGUUACUUCUAUCUAUUCUAUGACAGUAGCUUCAAUGUUGUUUUUCUUCUGUCAAUGUGAUUUUCUUGGGAGCACAUUUUCAUGAAUCCCAAUUCACAAUGGAAGAUCACCUGAGUAUUUGUAAAUAGUCUGGGGUUGAGAGAGAAUGCCACUCACUUGAACAUCAUUUACAGCUCAAUCACUGAUGGUCAUGAUUUUACAUAGGUUUCAUUUUGACAAAGGUUUCGAAGUUGAUUUGCUUAUAUUUCAUUAUUCUUUCCAAGUUUGUGGCUAAACCAAAGUAAAGAUUCACAAAGGAAGGGCUAAAGUUGCAACCAAUCAGAUUUGAUUUCUGUCCAGAGCCAGGCUGUGUUGGAUCUAGUGCUUACUCAACUGCCUGGCCACUUUCAUUUAUCAUGCAAUACUUCCACCCCCUUUUAAUGCAAUGCAUAGCUCAUUUUUUUCCUUUCAAACAACAUGGAUUAUUGAAGAAAAAAAGGUCUAACAAUAGUCAGUGGAACCCUUACCACCAUUGUCAGUUCAUUUCAUUAACAUCACAAUUUAUUAUAAAUGUACAUGCAGGCCUUGAUUUUCACUUUGUGAUUCCAUUCCACACGGAACACUUUGUUCAGGUAGGACUAAAAUUAUCAGCAGUCUGUAGGAAAGUCACAUUUUAUUCCACAUAUGAUCACUUGUUUGCUAUCCGAUUCCAAUACCUCACCACGUCAUUUUACAUCUUGAGUAGCCUAAUGUGUGUUUAAUCAUAUUCAGUAGUAACCGGCACCUAAUUGUUUUGUUUAAUUCUCCUGAUUAUUCUGUCACAUGCUAAUUCCAUGUCUUUGUUCACUUUGUUUGUGUAUGACCUCUUCCCAACUGACAAACCAAAUGUCCUUUUUUUUUUUUUUUUUUACCUUCAAACUGGCCAUUCUAUGGUAACCUAUGUGCCUUAACGCUUAAAUUGAUUUUUUUGCUAUGUAAAACUAGAAUAAAGUCUCAAACAUAUUUUUCUAUGAAAGAGUUGUGUACGCUCUUCGCAAACACCACAGAAAAAUAAUGCAAUUUACCAUUCAAAAGUAUAUUUUGCCUUCAAUAAAGACACGUCUUUUGCACUGCACUUUAUGGGGGGGUUUAUUCAGCAAAGGUCUGAGCAGAUUCUAAAUAUCCGGAAAGAGAUGGAAAAUUCACUGACACCUAUCAUGCUCCAAGUACAGUAUGUAUAUUUUCAUGUAGCUUUCAUGUUUCUCAGCCGUACCAGAGAACAUUAAUACAAAAUGUUUAUGCCUGCAUCUCACCUUUUCACCGCCAUGUACUGAUGGGAAAAUACGUCAAUAUUACCAGCGGAUGGCGCCACAACCCCAUUCUAGAUGACAAGUUGACAACUAGACACCACCCGACGACGAUAACGCUGCUGCUACAUUCGGAACCAGGCUAGCAGUAAAUAUAUUUUGUUUACUUACUGAGUGUUGGAAACUAACUCACUAAUUUCGUUUUGGGUUGGGCAGCAAUCUGCAGCACCAGUUGCUGACACUGCAAGGUGGGGGAGUAGGCUGUUGAGAUUAGAUGCUCGAGAGACAUUUUUUUUUUGUGUUGAUGAGCCGAGUAACAUGGACACAAAGAACAAAAGAUGAAGUGACUGUCACCCGAGGGAGCAUGCUGGCCACAAAGGGACAGAAGAUUAGAUGUCACCGACAUGAACGCGGCACAGAAAUAAGCUGAGGGAUGACAUCGCUGGCUGUCGGCGUGGUCCUUUGUCUAACAGGCUGGAUCACUCUCUACACACUACUGUGUAACACCAAUGGCAGCCAUGGUUCUGAGUGGAAUUGUAGGCUGGUCACACUGCUCCAUGGAAUCCUGGCCGUCUGUAUAACAGCCUACAUAGGCUAUGUGGAUGGACCUUGGCCCUUCACACAUCCAGGCACAAAGAACACCCCCCUUCAGAUCAGUGCUAUGGUCAUUAGCCUGGGCUACUUCUUCUUCGAUAUGGGCUGGUGUGUUUACUUCCGCACAGAGGGCCCGGUGAUGCUGGCCCACCACACCAUGAGCAUCCUGGGUAUUUUGUUGACCCUGAGCUUGGGGGAAUCAGGCAUCGAGUCCUGCGCCGUGCUCUUUGGCAGUGAGAUCACCAACCCCCUGCUGCAAGCUCGCUGGUUCCUGAGACAGUUGGGUCGCUAUGAGAGCCUGACGGGGGAGGUGGUGGAUGUUCUGUUUGUAGUGCUAUUUGUGUUCAUGCGCAUAGUGGUUGGCGGGAGGAUGUUGUACUGCGAGCUCAUCUCCCCACGGCCCAGGUUCAUUAUAAAGUGUGGGGGAGUUGCCAUGUAUGUGCUGUCCUGGGUGUUCAUGGUGGACAUUGGUCGUUUCGCCUACCGCAAGAGUCAAUCCAAAUACAGACGCUGGAGAGACCAACACAGAUUGGCAGCAGUUAACGGACAUGACGGAAAGACCGACUGAAAGACUUCCUUAUCAUUAGAAGAUGAAUUAAAAACAUCCAAUGUUUAUACUAACAGAACGUCUUUAACAAAUGAUUAACUACCAAUGGUUGUGUAUGAUUAUUGGGGAAUAGUCUUUGGUAUUCAGCUUACACUUGUACAUUUUUGUGCUCCGUUCAGAAAAAACAAGAUGCUCAGUUUAAACAUACACUGUUCAUCAGUCACUUUGGGUUAAUAAACUGGGUGGUUCGAGCCCUGAAUGCUGA